ACUUUUGCCAAUUCUUUUAGUUUAGUUUUUAUAUUAAUAAUUAUUUUUUGCAAAUAUUAACGUUGAAAUUAUUUUUAUAUCAUUUCAUAAUGUAAUUGAUCAUUUAAAUAUGAAAAAAAAAAAAAAAUUGAUAUCCUUUUCCACGCACUUCCAAAUGCUUUAUUUGUUGCUUUGCUCCAUGGCAAUGGAGGCAGCGUAUGAAAGUGUCCUUUCAUUUGCUCCCCAAAUGAGCAUGCUUUCUAGAACAAACUUAAUGUUCAUCCCCUCAUACAAAGAAAUAAAAAAACACUAUAUACACUUGGGGGGGGUCAUUUUACUUUGUGCUAAAACAGUGUUGAUGCUGAUACUGUCUGGCCUCGGCAGCGUUUAAACCUAUACAGCACUUGCAACUCAUUCACUCAAGGGGCUUUCUGGUGUCAAGUGUUGUCUGUGUGACAUAUGUCCACAGGAGUGUGUGUUUCUUGACCGCAUGCCCAGUUUGUGCACGCUGAUGUGCUAGAGUGAAGCGUCUGUGCCUGUAUAGAGCCAGGAAACCAACUUGAUAUCAUUUCAAUACUCAAAUAGUCAUUUUAGUCUGGCUCUUAUUUUACCCCUACUAUACUGAUAUUACAUUACAUAUCAGAAUUUUACCCAUUUCUAGUAAUACUUUAGUCAUUGAAAUGAGUAGAAAGGUCUUCUUUUUUUUUAAUCCAUUAAUCGUUUAGAGACCUUGCUUAAAAUUGAUUUUCAGCAGUAAAUAUUCUCUGAUUUCUGUAAUCCUCCAUGAAAGCAGACUACCUUUGUGUUGAAUACAAAUAAGAUUUGUGCAAACUUCUGCUGUUUCUGAAUUUUUGUACUGUCAAUUUGUAAUAAUAUCCUGUUUUGUUUAAUAAAGGGAUGGGGAAAAAAAAGUUUUGAAUCCGAUUAAUAGAAAACAUAAACCACAGAUUAAUUGAUUAUUAAAAAUAUUGUUCAUUGCAUCUACUUUUGCUUCUGAGCAUUCGUUUUCUUAGGACCCAAGGUUAGAAGAAAACAGAAAUACUUGCACAAAAAUGAGAGCACAAAACACUUUCAUUACAAGGUAACCACGGGAACUGACCGUGUCCUGAUCUUGUGACAUUCGCUGCCGCCCUCAAAAUGUUCAACUAGUUAUUGAACCAUGACAGUUGACACCCCUGAGGUGCUUUAAAAAAAAAAAAAAAAAAAAAAAAAAAAAAAAAAAAAAAAACAUUCCAGGGCUGUUCAACGGCAUUCAGCAUAAACCUGAAAUUAAUCUCGCCCCACCCAAAAGGUAAACGAAGAAUCCUCCCCCUCCUCAUUUUUAUUUCGUCAUUUUCUAUCAUUAAUGUCCUGAUAUCGGGAGAAGUGAACUGCAUGCACGGUCUGUUUGUUUGCACGUUUAUAUUGGCAUACAAAAAAAGGCGUACUGGAACCUGUUUGCAUUUCCUGGAGCGGAUGGACACUCGCUUCCUCUUGCACCGACCGGCUUCACUCUUUUUCUUUUUUACUUCAUGCUACAAUAAGAAAUGCUUUUUAAUCAACAUUUUUUCACUUAAAAUCUUUGUAAAAGCAGAAUUUGUUGUAUUUGAGCAUGAGCUCCUUGGAGUCUCCCAACCUGGAGUUUGAAUACGGCGACACGGACACGCUCACGGCCGAACUCUCAGAGCUUUACAGCUACACAGAGGAACCGGAGUUUGCUCUGAACAGAGAUUACUUUGAGGAGGACUUCAGAAGCCAUGCCCGAGGCAGACGGUGGAUCGAUCUGAGCGCGGGCGAGCGGCGUACGUACGUGAUGAGAUUACUCGACGCGUUAGAGGUGACUGACCGGGACAAGAGGCUUAAAGUGGCCCGGGCCAUCCUCUAUCUUGCUCAGGGGGUGUUCGACGAGUGCGACACCGAGGCGGACUUGCUCCGCUGGUCCAGGCACAACGUCUUCCUCCUGUAUGACAUGGGCAUCUUCACAGCCCUACUGGAGCUUCUCAGCAUGGAGAUAGAUAACAACCAAGCAUGCAACAGUGCGGUGAGAAAGCCCGCCAUCUCCCUUGCAGACAGCACAGAACUUAGAGUGUUGCUCAGCAUCAUGUACCUGAUGGUGGAGACCAUUCGAGUUCAAACAGAGGACGACGCACCGCAGUGGAGAGCGGCCAGGGAGGCCUUCAAGAACGAGCUAGGCGCACCUCUGUACAACGGCGAGCCGUUUUCCCUGCUCCUCUUCUCCAUGGUGACCAAGUUCUGCAGCAUGAGCGCACCGCAUUUCCCCAUGAAGAAAGUGCUUCUUCUCUUAUGGAAGACUCUCCUGUUCACCUUGGGGGGCUUCGAGGAGCUGCAGGAGAUGAAGGUGCAGGGCCGCGAACACCUCAAGCUGCCCCCCCUCCCCGAGGACAGCAUCAAGGUGGUGAGGGCCAUGAGAGCCGCCUCGCCGCCCGCCUCCGCCAUGGAGCUCAUCGAGCAGCAGCAGCAGCAGAAAAGAGGGCGGCGCAGUCGCAGGAGUGCCUUUGUUGAUAGCUUGGAAGGAGACAGUCCCUUUCCCAAGAAGCAGCCGCUGGUCAAGCAGGACAGCCUGGACACGUACAACGAGCGGGACACGUACAACGAGCGGGACCCGUUCAAGAACGACGACGUCCGCGACGAUGAGGAGGACCCCGACGACGGUGACAGCGGCAUGGAGGGCGAGGUGGACCUUUUGGACCGCGACGUCAUCAUCCAGCCGCCGCCCCCGCCGCCGCCUCUGCGGCCCCCCACCGAGAGGGUGAACUUCCCCAAGGGCCUCCCCUGGGCCCCGAAAGUCAGGGAGAAGGACAUCGAGCACUUCCUGGAGACCAGUCGGAACAAGUUCAUCGGCUUUACCCUCGGAAAUGACACCGAGACCCUUGUGGGCCUUCCUCGACCCAUCCACGAGAGUGUGAAGACUCUUAAACAACACAAAUACGUGUCCAUCGCCGAAGUGCAGAUGAAACGCGAGGAGGAGCUCCAACAGUGUCCACUGAGCUUGGGCGAGGAGGAGGUGGAAGAGACGCCUGCGGAGGUGCUCUACCUGGGCAUGCUCCCAAACCUCUCUCAAUACGUGAUCGCCCUGCUUAAGCUGCUAUUGGCCGCGGCACCGACCUCCAAAGCCAAAACGGACUCCAUUAACAUCCUCGCCGAUGUGCUACCCGAGGAGAUGCCAAUCACGGUCCUCCAGAGCAUGAAGCUGGGCAUCGAUGUCAACCGGCACAAAGAAAUCAUCGUCAAGGCCAUCUCGGCCCUGCUGCUCCUCCUCCUCAAACACUUAAAACUCAACCACGUCUACCAGUUUGAGAUCGUCUCCCAGCAUCUGGUGUUUGCCAACUGUAUCCCACUCAUCCUCAAGUUCUUCAACCAGAACAUCAUGUCUUAUAUCAGUGCCAAAAACAGCAUCUGUGUGUUGGACUUUCCCCACUGCGCCGUCCAUGAGAUGCCCGAGCUCACCGCCGAGAGCCUGGAGGCUGGAGACAACAACCACUUCUGUUGGAGGAAUCUCUUCUCUUGCAUCAACCUGCUCCGAAUCCUCAACAAGCUGACCAAGUGGAAACACUCUCGGACCAUGGUUAGAUGCGAUGCAAUAUAUCUACAGGAUAUUGCUGUAACAACACGUAAGAUGUUGGUGGUCUUCAAGUCGGCCCCCAUCCUGAAGCGAGCGCUGAAGGUCAAGCAGGCCAUGAUGCAACUGUACGUGCUCAAGCUGCUUAAAAUCCAGACCAAGUAUCUGGGCCGCCAGUGGAGGAAGAGCAACAUGAAGACCAUGUCGGCCAUCUACCAGAAGGUCCGCCACCGUCUCAAUGACGACUGGGCCUACGGGAAUGAUAUCGACGCACGACCUUGGGACUUCCAAGCGGAGGAGUGCGCCCUGCGGGAGAGCAUCGAGAAGUUUAACGGCCGGCGCUACGACAAAAACCGGAACGGCGACUUCGCCCCCGUGGACAACUGCCUGCAGAGCGUACUGGGUCAGCGCGUGGACCUGCCCGACGACUUCCACUACAGCUACGAGAUGUGGCUGGAGAGGGAGGUGUUCUCGCAGCCCAUCGAGUGGGAGGGCCUGCUACAGGAGCCGUGACGCCGAGGAGCGGAGUGAAAGACGUGCCUAUGACUACUUUGAAGACACACGGACGGACGAGGCGGCCGAGAACUGAGGUAGCGUUUCCUAAGAACGGUGUCGCCGGACCUCCGGGGAUCCGCAAGCUGUAGCUUUGGGGUCCACAAAAUAAUUACCAUUCAAUUUGAUGUUGUUCAUUUUUAAAAAGAGCAUACCUUCAUGUGGGGACCAGCCUGCCAAUAAAACAAACAAGCCCCGAUAUGACUGUGAUGUAUUAUCCCAUCAAUCGGGCAUCCGUGAAUGAAUAAAGUUAUUUUUAUUUAUUUUUUGGGAACAAAAGGUGGAUUAUUACAGGAAUAAAGUCCUAUUUUCUUUCAAGAAUAUAGGUCUUUUUUUCCGUGAAUAAAAGCAUCGUUUCUGGAAUAAAAUGUGUAAUAAUACGAGAAUGAAGUCAUAUUUUCAAAUUCACUUGUUGAAAUCUAAAGUUAUUCCAUCGCUAAAUUUUGACUUUAAUAUCUCAAUACAUAUAACGACUGCUUUAAAAAUAUGACUUUAUUCUUUAAUACAGUGAUUCCCAACCAGUGUGCCGUGGGAAAUGAUCAAAUUUCUAUUUAUGCCAGUGAGUCAUAGUGACUGACGGAACAAAUAAAUGCUCUUCUAUUAGACAACAGGACGUACAUACAGUAAUGAAUGUAUCCAUUUUUUGUGACAUUUUUGUUUGUUGGUGUGCCAUGAGAUUUUUCCAAUUGUAAAAUAUGUGCUUUGGCUCCAUGAAGGUUGGAAAUCACUGCUCUAAUAUUAUGACGUCUUUGUUCUUGUGAAGAUUAUGACUUUUUUUUCUCUCUGGAAAAAAACUGCAACUGUAUUCUUUUGUUUUGCUUUCAAAAUAUUGAAAUGGCAAUUAUGUGGCGCAGCAACUAUUACCAUGACUGGCCCGUCAGUCGGCCGCUGGUUUUGCCGAGAUUCCAAAUUUGAAUUGCGGUUGCACGGUGUAGCAACUAGCCAAUAGAUUUUUUUGAAAGGUUUUAACCGAGUGAGAUCCAGCUGGUGGCUACCGCCAAGCCAUACAAAUACAGUAUGAAAAGUAUAAUACAUAUAUUGUGUUUAUAUUUAUAAUUGAUAGCGUACCUGUGGAUGAAAUAGCGAAGCUUGUGGCCAAAAUGGACGUGAGCGAUGCGUACAGCGCCAGGUCCAUUCAAGUGAAUGUCUCCAACUGUCUUUUUUUUUUUUUUUUUUUUUUUUGGCCGAUGGUCGGGCCCCAAGUCAGGCUCGGCCGCAUCCUCUAAAAAAAAUAAUAAUAAUUUUUAAUUCUCCCUGGACCUCAAAUUUUUUAUUAUUCCCGCCUAAGAAACAUUUGGUAGCAACAACUUUUAUGACUCCCAUUCUUCUUCUGGACUCCUCCAAUCUCUUAGUUUAUUUUUAUGUCCCCAUUUUUAUAUUAUGGGUGCUGGUUUGACUCGUUACUUGUUUGUAUUAGUGUGUGGUGAACUUUGUAAUCUAAAGCUGUACAUUUCUCACACAUUUUGUCUCCACAAAGCUUGUUGGUUUGUCAAUGUGAAAUUGGAAGGUUUUUUUUAAUGUGUUUUUUAGGUGGUGGGGGGGGGCAUUUAAAUAGUUAAAAGCAUAUGCAGUGUGUCCUAAAACUUGACAUAAUUUCAGUCUAUUAUUUGCAGUAAAUAAAUGCGAAUAUUUGGGCUAAUUAUGUGAAAUUAUCUCAAAUUUUAAUAAGAAAUUUAGUUUAAAUGAAAUCAACUUUUUUUUUUUAGGGCACCCUGUGUAAUUGAGUAUGUUGCCAAAACAACACAGCAGCUGUAGGUGGGGAAACUUAGGGUAAUUGUUAUUCAUUUUCUACAUGUUUUUGGACAAACAAAAUGUGAUAUAUUUGAAAUCUCAGACUUGUGUGAUGUCACAAUUUGGGAUGCUGAUUAAGUGGGUUCCUCUCAAUCUGCCCGACAACUGCACAAUAAAAUAAUAAAAUUAAAAUAAAAACACCUCCAGUGCUAACGGUUCGCUUCACAAGCACAUUGUCGCCACUAGUUUUUAAUUUAUUUUAUAAAUUUUCUCUACCAGACCUGCCAACAACGUGAGCUUCAGGGCAAUGGUGGGCUUCACUGAAGCACACGCAAGCACAGAGCACAAACAGCAUUGUCAAUGUGUCAGAUGUUGUAUUUUAUCUUUAUUUCAAAUAAUUCUCUUUAGGUUCUGAUCCUUUUUGAAUGUGCAUGGCCACUGUGCUUUUUAAAAAAUGUUUUAUUUGUUUUUGUUUGCAAGGGGGGAAAUGUCUCAGAAUAAUAACAUACUUGUAGAAUCUCAGGUUUACACGGAUACUAUGUUGCAAAGCUUUUAUCACUAUUAGCUCCUGUACACUUGCACAUUCUUAUACUGAACAUUCUUAAUCCCUCACUUUGUUCCAUUUGUGCCAAAUAUGAGUGGCAUUUUUACUUUCUCACUCUUGCCUCCAUUAUGCCAAAUGUGAUUUAUUUUCUACUUCAAAACUGUACAGUCUACGAAAAUAGACAUUUAUUGUAUCAAGUCGAAUAUGCCAAGAGCGUUAUGGUCAUUUUCAUGAUGUAUAGCCCAGGGGUUGUUCAGGGGUAUGUGCAAUUAUGGAUCAGCAGAGGCUUUAUUUGAGAUAUAAAUACAUAACAUGACAGUUCCUUAUUAAAGAAUGUUUAAAAAAACGU